GACGAACCUUUUACGAACCGUCAAUCUGCUCUGAGAAAUUUCCCUUCUCUCGAUCGAUCCCGCAACCAAAACCCGAUUCCAUACCGAUUUCCAGAGUUAGAUCGAAAAACCCAAUUCAUCGAUUCCCUUUAUUCGGUCGAUUUCUUGGUUUUUCUUUAUCGGAAAACCCGAUUCUCUUUCUGCCGAGCUGUUUUCUGCAGGAAACCGCUUUCCGAUUAUCUCUACUGAGGGAGAUGACGGAUUCUUGGAGAGGAAAUCAAGGGAUGAAUUCCCAGCAUGAAAUUACCAGAAUACCCUCGAGAUCGAAGAACAGAAGACCCCCUUCAGGGCCAUGGCAUCCUAGUGUGCCUCCUAGUGUGCCUUCAUGGGAGAAGAGAUUCUGCAGCUCUGUGUGCUCAAUUCCAUGGCGGAAACUCUGCGAGACAAAGAAAAUGAUGGAGUAUUGCUACAAAAACAUCGUCGACUGGAAUGACUCAGCUGGUGAAGAGGCAUUGCAGAAUGCAAAGGCCCGGUUCUGGGCCACAAUUAAUGGCCUUCCAUGCAAUAUCUCCCUGCCCGACCCAGACAUGUACAUCGACGAAGUCGACUGGAACUGCAGCAUCGACCCCGAGCUGGUGGCAGAUUUGGAACGGCAACCAUCUGUUGUUGAUGACGAGGAGAAGGAUGGGAAGCUUAGUUGGUUGGGCAAUGGCUGGGAUUCGAAUCAGCCCAUCCCAUGCACUGGAUGGGGCGAUGACCUGCAACCUCCCGUUGUUGAUGAUGGGAAAAAGGAUGGGAAACUCAGUUUUAGCAACGGCUGGGAUUCUUCCAUCUUGAAUCAGCCUGUUGUGUGCACUGGAUGGGAUGAUCCUGAUAAUGUAGUCCCACCCAUCAAUGAUUCUGCAGAGCCCGCUGGGGGAAAUUGCCAUAGCAAUGCUGAAAAUGGCAAUGUGUGGGAUAAUGAUGGUUGGGGAAGUCAGGAUGGAAGAGGUUAUGAGGGUAAUGGGUGGGAUUGCAGCGGCUGGGAAAAUAGAGCUGCCGCCGAUGAUUAUUCAUGGGGAAAUGGCCGUGAAAAUGGCCGUGGUAAUUCAUGGGGUUCAGGACAUUGGCAGAGUAAUGCUGGUGAGCCAAGGAAUUUGGAUAACCGAAGAAAUGGGCCAUGGGGGACGUGGAAUGGUAAUGGGCAGAGGCGAGAAGGGGGAGGCCGAUUUGGGUCCAGACAUUAUAAUACUCACAGGUUUCAAGCCGAUGAUUAUCAAAUGAAUGGCGGGGGGAGGAACUCUAGAGGGAGGAAGAGAGUUAGCUUUGUUCAUGAACGGCCAGACAUAAACAAGCGUCCAUUGGCCCCUUCCCAGUGGAAUGCGAUGCGUUCUUGUGGGCCGGUGACUCAUCAUGGACCCACCCAAUCGGACAGUGCAUGGAGGAGCUGGGAGAAGCCAGUUUCUUGAGGCGCUUUGGUCAGUUUUGCUUUGUUUGAGGUGAUCUUAGCGAUCUGUGUAUUCUAGCUAUUCGUUUAUUACUUAUUUUCCUUGCUCACAGACAGUUGCAGCGAGCUUAUUUCGUGUGUCGUGGUCAUGCUAUCCAGUUAGUUUUAUUCUUUUUGGAGUUGUGGGUUUUUGUUUUUGUUCUGUGGUUGUAAAACCAGCAACUUUAUAUAAUCAUUAAUGACGUUGGUUGCACCGAAUUUUAUGAAAAUUUAUUUUUGUUGAGUGAUGCUA